AUGCGCGUAAAAACACAAAAAGAUGAUACGAAUGAGGCGUUUGUACACCAAUUUCUAGGGUUCUUAUGUUUAUUAAUCCUUAUUUCAUGCGCUUUCGGUGUACGCAACUCUGAACUUCCACCGUUGAGUAUUGUGGAAAAGUUGGUUCCACUUCCGGCUGAUAUUCUUAAAACUUGUGAGGGGUCUUUUCUCGUGGAAUAUAUUUCUAAUUCGCAUGUUCUCAAUCAGAACGACCUCACUUUUAUAGCACGGUAUUCCAUCUUCGACUCAACGUUGAUGCAGCUAAAUGGACGGAAUAGAUUUCGACUUUUUCACAAAGACGACCGCAUAAUAUGCGGGCUCGCGCUUCUUUACCAAAACAAUUGCGAUGAAGCCUCGGAUUCUAUUCUCAGCUGUUUGAGAAAGCUUGGAUCAAGUAACCUAGAGCUUAUCAUUCCAAGCAGGUGUAGUAGUACAUCGUAUUUCAUGGAAUUGAUAGGUGUGGUGAAUUUAAUUGAUGAGAAAUGUGGGGCGCCGACCUCACGACUAGCCGCAGAUAAGCUUCGAUUAGGUUUAAUCGAACAGGAUAAACUAAUUGGUCACGGGGAAGGACUGCCAGCGCCGGUGUUAGAUCUGAUCUCACAAUCCAAUGAAGGCUUCCUUGAGCGUGUGCUAAAAGAUGGAUCGUUUUCAUCGAAGGAAGAAGAAAUUCUGCGCAAGACAUACUACGUUCCCCCGGAAAUGCGUCCCUCGAAUAACAUGCCAAACCCGCUUCAGUGUGGAAAUUAUAAGGUGCAUCCGAUUGGCUACGCCCUCACUCGGCGUCCUUCGGACCUAACCUAUCCCGAGCGAAAGCUCUUCGAGUUUUUCCCGAUUAACCCCGCAAUGUUUAGAUCCAAACGGCGCUGGGGAGAAGUCGCGGAUCCCUAUCUUUUCAAAGGAAAGAAACGCAUCACCGACGAGUGGUUGUACGCGACGUUGAUGCGGUAUAGCAUGUUUGCUUUUACCCAUCAACGCGGUGGGUGGGAUUGCUUACGGCACCAUGAGAUCAUACGCUACGGCGCCGUACCAGUAUUUCCUGAUUUGAAAGUAGCGCCAUGGCGUACUUCAAGCACCACUCCGCGGGAUCUCUUACUUAAAGUGCUGGAGGAGCCUAUGAUAUCUCUCAUUGGGCACCUGGAGCACGACGUGAGCGAUCUAUCAUAUAGCAUUGUUCUGAAAGGGAAGGUAGUGAAGCAGACAAAUUUCUUCCGCAGGUGUUGGACAAGGUGCAAUAUAGACUUUAUCAAUUGCGGCCGCAUCAACCUUGAGCCCUAUCGUAAAGAACACGAACAAGAUCAGGAUGCCGGGGUAGUGGCGCACGGGGCACCACUCACCUUUCAAUCCCCCGUUAUAAAACGCCAUUAUCAAAAACUUGCGCGUCCGCUUUGGGAUCUUUUCAACGAAAAAUAUACCGCUGCCUCUAUGAUGAGCUACGUGCUGAAAACGACUCAGUACCAGGAGCCGCGGCGUGUUUUGGUGAUUGGAUGCACCUGGUUUGAUUCUGAUUAUUUGCACGAGUCCGUAAUGGUGGGACUGAGCGAUUUGGGAAUUCGAACAGAGGUGUUGGUGGAAUUUGAAGCGGAUAAAUUUCAACGUUUUAGCGCAAAAGGACUCCAUUCAGAUACUAAAAAAUGGCUUAUACAGCGCGGCUAUAUUGGGGAUGUUCGAGAGGUGGGCAUAAAGAGAGUGGAGAGGCAAAACGCUGCACUUCACACCGAAUACAGUUACUCCUUUUCCUCCAAAGGAAGGUUGAACCCGUUUGUUAUAUCCCGUAUCGGUAAUGCGCAUCACCUCCCUAAAAGUGAACAAUUUCGUGUCUUCUCAAAGGAUGUUGCGAAUCUUGACGAGCGCAUUCGUCGUGGAGAUUUCGAUAUGGUGAUAUAUAGCCUUGUGCGCUCCGAAAUACGAUAUGGGGAUUAUAGCGUAUUACCGUUAUACUCAACGGUGUGUAAUCACCUUCCUAAAAAACAAAUUGUCUUCAUGAAUCAUAAUGACAUUGAUGAAAAAGGAACGUUUGAAACGACAAUGCCGAUGAUUCUUGACCCCCGUGGGACCGUAUUUGUGCGAGAAUCCCUGGGUAGGUGUGAGUGA